GAUUAAUGACAACGUCGGUUAAAAAACGUAAAUAAACUAGUAGUCCUAUCAUGAAUGACCAUAAAACGAAUUUUGAAUAAAUAUCCAAUUAUUCCUUCGUGAUUGAUUUUAGAUGUAAUAAAAUACUGUGUUAAUAUAAAUGAUUUUUCCUUAUCGAUCACAUGAUCUGAAAGUGAGCCGUCAACUUUAGUGAACUUUAGAACCAAAAGUAAAAUAUGUCCCCCGAAAUUAACGGAAACCCUCCAAGUGCAGUGAAAAGAAAGAAAAAUCGGGACAAAAAACAGUCUCGACUGAACGAUCUGAACAUUCCAACCAGUGAUUACCUAUCCUCAAAUCAAAUGGGGUAUAACAAUUCCUUUGACUUGAGUAUUCCAGACUUGAGUCAAUAUUAUUCUGUUUUGAAUUUCAGCAAUGGAUCUGAACCAUUGUCUUUACCCAUACAUCCUACCAACUAUUCAAAUUACAACCAAACACGUUUGGGUGGAUUCCCAAAUAUCAGUACUCCCAAGAAUCUUCAUUGCCCACCUAAUAAUAAUGAUGUGGGCGAUUAUAUGAGUCUACCUGUGACCAAUUUAGAUCUAGAUAUGGAUGAGAAUGGAAAGCGUAGAUAUUCUGAUCCUGGUGUACCAAAUGAUGACAGUGAUAGUAGUGUAAACUCCCUUGAGGAAAAAGUUAUAAAAAAACUGUUGGUCCAAGUGAAUGUUUUGAAAAACUGUAACCAAUGGCUCUCUAAAGAAGUUAUGGAAAUGAGAUCUGAACUUAACAUGUUGAAACAGCAGGUGCAGCAACAGAAUAAGAGACAUUUUGAUAGAGAAUAUGAGCCUGGUAUGUUAGCCGAUGUCAUUCGGGAAGUCAGAGAUGCUGCUCGAGUUAGAGAAGAUGCCUUGCUUGCCAAAGUGAAAUAUAUAAUGGAGGAAAAACAGAUGAACAUGAAUCAUCUUCAACUCAUAUCAGAAAGAAACCGGAACAUGGACAGAAUAGCAAAACUAGAGAAACAACUGAGGAAUAUAACGAUAAAUCCUGAAAUAGAGAACCAAUUAUCGGCUGCUAAGCCUUCGAUCGAAGAUGGUCAUUCUGCAAGGCAAGUUUUGGAACUGGAAAGGGAAGCUUUAGAACUACGAAGGGAGCUACAAGACACCAGAGCUAAAAAGGAGGAAGCCGAUCAAAAAGUAGUAAUCUUGAAUAAGAAGCUGGCCAGCAUAUCAAAAAGAAACGACGUCAGUGCUUCGGAUGUCUCGGAAAAUGGAAAAACUGACUCUACCGAUUCGGUCUCGAUGACCACGACUUCUUCAAUCAUCCAUGGGAUUUCCACAGGAGUGAUCCCCAGGGUGACGCUCUCUGGUCCUGUGACGGAUCUAUAGUGAGUCGUUGAAAUACAUUUCUCGAGUCUUCCUUGAUGACGUUCGCACUCAAAGAAAUUUUCAUUUUUCUUCAUCGGAUUUCUACCGAAUAUCGACCUAUUCGAUUCCACGAGGAGGGAAUAGUUCCAUCGAAAAUCUUUUUCUUGACUAUGUGAUGUAUGUGACCUUAUUCAAACUGUAUACAUAACUAGAUUUCAUCCGACAAUACUGUUCGCCAGAAGUUGUAUAGUUCCUUUUUAUGGAUUAACUUUCGUGGUACAUAUAAAAUAAGUUAUAUUUUUUCAAUUUGAUUGUUAUUUAACCAUUUUUGCACCUGAUGUAGAUUCAGAAGUCGACACCAAUGAGUGCUAAUAUCUUUACAAUUGAUCACUAUUUUUAAUUCGAAGCAAUGAUUUCUUGAACAACCGUACAAACAUAAUUGAUAACAUUCAUAAUUUUAUUUUUUCUCUAUUUUUAUAGAGAAUAUUUUAUUUUCACAUCGGGAUAAGUACAUUGUUUAUGUUUAUUAAUUGCUUUCACCUUCCGGUCAUUUUUCAUAUAAUUGAAUAAAUCCCUUGCCAAUCAUAACUACAUUGUAGGUAACUACUUUCUACUCACUUCGAUAUUAAGUUUUGAUUUGUAGUAUUGUAUUAGGAUCAUUUUUUAUCACUUGGGUACUUAAAAGAAACUGAUAGUAGAAAAUAAAAAUUAAUGUGUGUGAAAUUAAAACCAAAUAAUGAAACAUGUGCCUAAUUCGCUUUUAGUAAUUUAUUCAUAGAUGUUUUAAUGAAAGCUGAGUAACUAAGUAUUUUUAGUAGAUUAUAAGCAAGUCUGCUUUUAAAUUUUUUUCUUCAUGUUUGCAUUCUAACGAGUUACUUAAGAAAAUUUUCAGCAUCGCAGUGGACUCUCAAAAAUAUUUUUUUUUUCCUUGACAAACAUUCUCCAAUGUCCACUGGAAUGCUAUACUAAAUUUAUUCCAUAUUGUUGGUUAUUUUUAAGAAGGAAAAAAUGUGUUAAUGCAGUCUUCAGUUGAGUUGAUCCAUUCUCACUAUGUUUAAGUCAACAUUUUUUUGUUUUGUUAUUGGAAACGUGAUGAUAAAUACAUUCCGUUAUGAUAAUAGGAAAAUUGUUGAGAUUCAAUCUGAACUUCAUGGUGAUGUGGAAUGGUGCUUCAAAAAAUAACCUGGUUUUGGUAUAAAAAUUGUUCGGGUGGUUCUCUAUUCAGUAUAGACUUUUCAAAAUCAAUAUAUCUUGUUAUUUCUAUCUUUCUGUGUUCUUUCAUGGGUCGAGUUUUUCUCUAAGACAUAAUGUUAUAUCAUAAAUAUUAUUAUACAUAUAUAUAGUUUUUGGACAAACAAUAUCUGAAGUUUCUAUUGAAACAAAAUGGAUUGUGAAUUCAAUACAGUUUAAUGGAGAUGAAUGACCAGGUUAUUUAUAGCUCUUAUAUAUCAUAUUUAUAUUAUAUUAUGUAGCCUCAUUUUUGAAAUAUAUUUUUCUAACAUUGA